UAGGACUAGGAGAGAUGACAGUUGCACUAUAAUAGCUUUCGUUUUCUUCGAAGCUGACAACAAAUAACCAUAGACCAAAGCGCACCAACAAUAUAUAUUCUAAACCGCUGUUUCUUUUCAAGGAUACUGCUCAUACGUGGAUGAGGGUAUUGAUUAUUUAGACAUGAUGGAUCACUUUUGGAUCCACCAACACUGUUAUCCAAAUGAGAACGUGAACACAUACAAUAAAACCAUACUCUAUUAUGGUUUGCACAAUCAAGGGGCAACCUGUUAUUUGAACAGUGUGCUGCAGGUCCUCUUCAUGACUAAGGGCUUCAGAGAGGCUGUGGAAAGCCAAGAGCAGGAUAAUGUUGAACAGAACACUUUUGAUCUUCAGCUGAAAUGUUUAUUUGAGACUUUAAAGAAAAAACAAGCUCACACUAAAGAUGUCACAUCAAAACUGGGCAUUGAAAAGGUGUUCGAGCAAGGUGAUGCUGCUGAAUAUUUUGAGAAGAUUUUAAGCAAGGUCAAUCCGGAUGUGUCUAAGAUAUUUCAAGGACAUUUGAAGCACACUGCCACCUGUUCUAUAUCUGACCGUCAUGUGAACAGUGAGGAAGUUGGUCCAUUUUGGACUGUGCCUCUCUCUAUGGAAGAUAACAACUACAGUGUGAGAGAUGGUUUGGAGGAUUUUUUCAAGUCUUCAACUGUCAGUGGUGACAAUCAGAUGUACUGUGACCACUGCGAUGGGAAAACAGAUGCAAUCCUUGCAUGUAAGAUGGUACAUCCCCCAGAGAUUCUAACUCUGCUCCUCAAGAGGUUUGAGUUUGACUACAACAGGAUGUCUUAUGUCAAAAUUGAGAACUGUGUGGAGGUGCCUCGAAUGUUACAGACAAAGGACUGUGACUAUGAACUCUAUGCAGUUGUGGACCAUGUGGGAAGUCUAAGAGGUGGACAUUACACUGCUAUAAUCAAGUCCUAUGAUGAUCACAACUGGUAUGUGUUCGAUGACAGCUACGUCACACAGCUCAAUUCAAAACCAUUUGAACAAGAUGAGAGUUUUAGGUCCCAGAGUGCGUACCUGCUUAUGUACAGGAAAUUGGAUUCUCCAGAUCGUCAGAUGAACCAUGAAACCGAUCACAAAUGUUCACUCAGUGACUCUCAACAAUCUACUCCUUCCUGUUCCUUUGAGAUGGGAGCCAGCAGAACAAGAGAAGAAGAAGAAGAAGAAGACAGAAAAGUUCAAUCAAAUCAAUCUAUCAAUCCAGUUGACUUGGUAGGGAGAACAGAGGUUGUCCCAGAGGAAAGACAGAAUGAUGAUGGAAAGGUUGGUGAUAUGAUAAGACAGAUGCACAUACAAGUUUUGAGUGGAGAGGAUAACGUUGCGGCUACUGAUGAUAAAGACAAUUCGUUUAAUGGAGAGAAAGAACAGAAAGUAGGGGAUGAUGUUGUUGGACAAAAAGAACAGGAAGGUGAAGUGGCCAAUGUUGAGAUGCAAAAGAAUGAUGAAGGGAGCAGGGAAGAGGGAAUGACAAGAAAGUAUCAUAGUGUAAAAGGAGAACUGGAAGAAAGGAAGGAAGGUGGACAGAAUCAAAGAGAUAAGCCAAAGAAAAGGGAGGUUAUAGUUGUGGAUGUUGUGGAUGAAGCUGGACAGAAUCAAAGAGAUAAGGCAAGGAAACGGGAGGAUAUUGUUGUGGAUGGAGAUCAUGUCUUGGAAAAUGGAACAGAGGGUGAUGUGAUGAGUAGAAAGGAUGCGGUUGUGACUGACAGAGAUGGAGAUAAUGAGAGAAAGAGGAAUAUAGAUGGUGCAGCAAAGACAAAGCCAGGUAGAAUAAUAGAUGACACUGGGGAUGGUAGAACAGCAAAAAUAAAUGGUGGUGAGUUAAAGACAAUACAGGUUGAAGUGGCAAAGUUAGGAGAGGAUUGUGAUGUGACAACGAUGAGCCAAACUAACCACAGUAAAUCUCCCAGUUCAGAUCAUAUGUUUCAGAACAGACUGACAGACAUCCCAGAGGAAACAACCACAUGUUUUUGCUUCAAGAGUAUAAGAGGGAGAGGUGAAAAGAGGAGUGAACAUGACAAAGGGAAGAAAAUGAAAUUGGAGAAGAGCAGAAAAGGUGAAAGGAAGAGUAUGUUAGGAGGGCAGAGUAGAAAAGAGAAAAAUAAGGAAAAGGCAAAUUGAAAGAAAAUUGAAAAGAGAAGAGAGGAGGAAAUAAAGAAAAGCUCAAAGAGAGAAUAGAGGAGAAAAAGAAGAACCCAGUGGGAAAGAGAAAAGGUUACCUUUAAGUUUAAAAUGAUACUAAUAAAUAGAAUGAAAAUCAUGAGAAUGGUUCUAUCUCAAAAAUUAAGUAAUGAACUUUGAUGGUAUUCUCAAUUGAACCAAACAAGGAUUAGUGAGACAGCUGUGAUAAAUUGCUCUUCUAAUUUUGCCAGACUGACAUGGCUUGGCAUUGUGCUUGUGUAUAUAGAUUCAAACAGAGCUAUAGUGGGCACCGGUUGUGAUAAUGAAAUAAUGGUAAUGGCAUUAACUUCGGAUCUGAAUAAUGUAAGGAAUCAUUUUUGUAAUUCAUACAUUUAAUAGAAUUUCAAACCGGAUUCAAAUGACCCUUUUUGUCUCCCCCUGCUUCACACUACCGGCUCAAAUUCAACCCACAUCUUAGAAACUUUCACUUUCCAUCUUUCCAUAACACAUGCUUGAUGUCACAGUUCAGUUCACCAAUUCAGUUCAUGCCAUUGAUCCUUGAACAUCUCUGAUACAGAAUCAUCAUAAUCACUGUUGCCUGCAAAGAUAUGAUUGGAACCCGAAAACAUUAUACUUUUAUUGAAGUGGUGGAUUAUUUUUUAUCACAUUCUCUCAAGCUGGCUAGAUGUUUAUAAUCCCAGAGUGCAACAGACUUAGGUACACUGACCUGGGAUCUAACCCUAACCCUUUGACUAUCACCUUGGCAAUAGGUCACAAAACAGGAAAAUAUAAAAACAGAGACAGGUCAUUUCUGAUCAUGUGAUUGACUACACCUGAUACCUGCCAUAUACAGGUGUAACUGGGAUGUCCCUGGUUGGCUCAUGUUCUCUUCCCUAUGAGUUGACCUAGUUUAACUUUCCACCUUUUGUCCUCUCAUUUAUAAUAUGCUACAAACACACACACACACACAUUAAAAUACAUCAAAGAGAAGUAGUGCUCAUUAUCUGGUCCCCAAGUUGCCACACCAAUAACAAACAAUACUAUUUACUGUGCCACACAGAUUGCAAAAUAGUUGGCAAGAGAUUUUUGAUGUACCGAUUCCAUGGUACAGGGUGUUUGAGCUGAUAUAUAAAACAAGGCAAGAUUCAAGACUUCGUGCUUUUCAGCUAAUAUUAUUAUAUAGAAUUCCCUGCCACCAACAAAAUGUUGAAUAUUUGGGGCAUAAAAUCAUCGAAGCUCUGCAGAUUUUGUUUGUGGGGAUCCAGAAUGAAUAGACCAUUUAUUUUGGUAUUGCCCUCAGGUUUCUGGUCUCAGGUUCAGGAAUGGCUGAAAAUGCAUAGCAUUGAUCUAAAAUUGACCCUAUAAAUAGUACUGUUAGGAGAUCUGGAGAGACUGGGUCAGUCAAUUACUAAUACUCUUAGUAAAAGUAUUUAUCUUCAACAGUCUGUAGAUUCUAUUCGAUUAGAUAGAUUGAAAUUGUACAUUAAACAUCAUAGCAUAGUUGAAAGAUAUGUGUUGCGUAGAAACACGAAGUGGGUGGCCAGCAGAGAAUGAUGGGAUGGGCUGAGGGAAGCUGAGGGUUGGUAUGUGGAAUUGGAGACAAGUGGGAGUGGAGUUACUGUGUGAGAGAGAGAAUGAUGGUCAAAAGAUAAAAGGGAGAAAAAGUCCAAAUAAAACAUAAUGAAAGUACAUUUGAAUGACACUAAGUAGCAGUGUUUUUACAACUAAUGCUGGUUUGCCUGAGGCUGAUGCCGUGCAGUUGUUUGUACACAUGCAUAUACACACACUCUCAUUCAAAUACACACAUACAAGAACACACACAUACAUGUAAUGGAGCCAGACCUGCACACAAACAUCAUAACAGCAAUGCCAACUUUAUAUUCCAGUUGUCCUUGAUGUCCUUUGUUUUAAAUGUAUUAUUUAGUUCAAUGUUUUUGCAUUGUUGUUUGCUGUUUUCUGUCUUUUCCUUUUUUCUCCUUUAGUUCAUUCUCUUUGUUGGUGCGUUGGGGGGGGUUCAUGGGGGUGGGGAAUGUGGGAGGCAUCUCGAAAAGUUGAGGGACAGCUAUUGGUGAACUGUGUGGGGGGGGGGGGGGAUCUUGGAUGGUUUGGGUCUCACAAGAUUGUGAUCAUGAAAAGGAAACUAUGACAUAUAUUUUAUAUCAUUAUCAUGCACACGCACCCUCACACAUAAGUAUGGCUCUGUAGUGGAAAGACUGAUACGUGUUUGAUAGGGGCUGCAGGGUAGCCUAGUGGUUAGAGCGUUGGACUAGUAACCGGAAGGUUGUGAGUUCAAACCCCCGAGCUGACAAGGUACAAAUCUGUUGUUCUGCCCUUGAACCGGCAGUUAACCCACUGUUCCCAGGCCGUCAUUGAAAAUAAGAAUGUGUUCUUAACUGACUUGCCUAGUUAAAUAAAGGUAAAAUAUAAAAAAAAAUAAAAAGUGUCUUGAUAUUGUAUGUUCUAAUACUUUAAUGUUACACCUUCCUUGUGUUUUUUGUUUAAAAAAAACUACAAAACAAUACUAUUUACAAACACUCUACAAAUCACCCUUGCUCUGAACAUAUUGAGCCAUAAUGUAGAAUGAUGUGAUUCUAUAGCAAUCGUUGGGCUCCUGAAUUUGUGAACAGCCAAACCGUCAUCCCUUUGUAUGUCAAUAUUAUUGUACUGUAUGUCGUCACUAUCAAGAGUUAAUCAAAUAUAUGUUUGUAAUCUCAUUUAUAUCGUGUUGUGUCUGUGCUUCUUUAUUAUUAACUCUACUCACAAAAGUAACCCAUUUCAACCUGUUUGUUCUUUUGUUGUCCAUAAUAAUGGAACAUUGUAUACCAACCUUUUUUAGUCCUAAUAAACCUCUUAUUGUCUGAGUACAAUA